CAUCACACACACACAGCUCUGCUGCAUACACAUAACUUCAGCUCAUCCAGCAGCGAUCACAACCAGCACAGCAGAGUCCUGCAUACACUGAGCAGAUGAGCCUAGAGCAGCAGCCCCUGAUCAUGUGACUCCUCCUCCUCCAUGUGACUGAUCACAUGACGGUGACAUCAUCGCAGGUCCUGUAAGCACACGGCUCCUGUACAGUCUGCAGGUGGAGGUAUAUACGGUUGUGGUGACAUCAGGAGCGCUGGGGGAGGGGACAUUACUAUUAACCCCUUCAGGUCACAAGGUUUUAUGACUUAAGGAAGAAGAUCACAAGAUCCAGAACUUUCUGUGUAUUUGUCUCUUUCUCCGUCUGUUGUUGUUGUUUCUAUUUGCAGCCGCCAUUUCUCAUCGUCUCCUCUUCUUCCCUUCAGGUUUCUCCAAUCCAGGAUCCUCUGCUGAUAUCUUCUAUAUAAGAGAAUUCUCCUGGAUGACCCAUCAACCAUGGAGAGAGACAGGAACAAGAUGGCCGACAGGAUCGUAAACCUCACCCUACAGAUACUCUUCCGGCUUACUGGAGAGGAUUACACAGUAGUGAAGAAGUCCUCUAGUGGGCGCUGUCGGGCCCCUGUGUGUGAAGGAUGGGGAAAAACCCUGAGCCCAAUCCCGGGGCCCCCACCUCACUCCCUGAUACAUGAGGAAAUGGAUGAACAGAAGAUCCGAGAACUCAUCAACAAGAUGAUGGAGCUGCUGACUGGAGAGGUUCCUAUAAGGUGUCAGGACGUGGCGGUCUAUUUCUCCAGGGAGGAGUGGGAGUAUGUAGAAGGACACAAGGAUCAGUACAAGGAUCAGGUGAUGAUGGAGGAUCAGCAGCCCCUCACAUCACCAGUCAGAUCCAGUAAGAGAACAGCACCAGAGAGGUGUCCCCGUCCUCUUCUUCCACAGGAUCAGGAUCAGGGAGAAGAUCGGAACAAUAUUAAUGCUCCAGAAACAGAUGUGAGCGGUGAUGAGCAGUAUAAGGAGGACAUUCCUACAGGAAACCUCUCAGAUUCUUGUACCAGGGGAUCAGAGGAGAAUCUUAUAUCUUCAGAUUAUAAAGCAGAUGAUGAUAUCACACAAGAUACAUAUGAAGAACAUUCCAUUAUCCCAGAUACACCCUCAGCCCUUCACAGCCAAGAUCUGUCAUCUCAUCCUUAUAUACAGGUCCUGUCUUCUCACUCAUCACAGGAUGUUCAGCAAAAAAAGCUAAAGAAAUGUUUAUCUCGGAAACCAGGCCUUGUUAGACCUCCAACAACUCACACAGUACAGAAACCAUUUUCAUGCUCAGAAUGUGGAAAAUGUUUUACUAAGAAAUCACAUCUUGUUAGACAUAUAAAAACUCACACAACAGAAAAACCAUUUUCAUGCUCAGAAUGUGGGAAAUGUUUUACUCGACAAGAAAAUCUUGUUAUACAUGAAAGAAGUCACACAGGAGAGAAGCCAUUUUCAUGCUCAGAAUGUUGGAAAUGUUUUACUAAGAAAUCACAUCUUGUUCAACAUCAAAGAACUCACACAGGAGAGAAACCAUUUUCAUGUGUUGAAUGUGAAAAAUGUUUUACAGACUCAUCUUCUCUUGUUAAACAUCAAAUAACUCACACAGGAGAUUAUCCAUUUGCAUGUUCAGAAUGUGGGAAAUGUUUUACUCAGCAAACAGAUCUUGUUCAGCAUGUAAGAAUUCACACAGGAGAGAAGCCAUUUUCAUGCUCAGAAUGUAGGAAAUGUUUUACUAGGAAAUCACAUCUUGUUAGACAUCAAUUAACUCACACAGGAGAGAAGCCAUUUUCAUGUUCAGAAUGUGGGAAAUGUUAUUCUCUCAAACCAGAUCUUGUUAUACAUGAAAGAACUCACACAGGGGAGAAGCCAUAUUCAUGCUUAAAAUGUGGGAAAUGUUUUAUUAGGAUAUCACAUCUUGUUCAACAUCAAAGAACUCACACAGGGGAUAAGCCAUAUUCAUGUGCGGAAUGUGGGAAAUGUUUUAAAGAGAAAUCCACUCUUGUUAAACAUCAAAGAACUCACACAGGAGAGAAGCCAUUUGCAUGUUCAGAAUGUGGGAAAUGUUUUACUCAGCAGUCAGAUCGUGUUCAACAUGAAAGAAUUCACACAGGAGAGAAGCCAUUUUCAUGCUCAGAAUGUGGGAAAUGUUUUACCAAGAAAUCAUCUCUUAUCCAGAACUUUCUAAUUCACACAGGGGAGAACUCCUUUUCAUGUGCAGAAUGUGGGAAAUGUUUUAUUCAGAAAUCACAUGUUAUUGCACAUCAACGAACUCACACAGGAGAGAAGCCGUUUUCAUGUUCCGAAUGUGGAAAAGGUUUUACGCAGAAAUCAGAUCUUAUUAGACAUCAAAGAACUCACACAGGAGAGAAACCAUUUUCAUGUUCAGAAUGUGGGAAAUGUUGUACUCAGAAGUCAGAUCUUAUUAAACAUCAAAGAACUCACACAGGGGAGAAGCCAUUUUCAUGUUCAGAAUGUGGGAAAUGUUUUACUCAUAAAUCAGAUCUUAUUAAACAUAAAAGAACUCACACAGGGGAGAAGCCAUUUGCAUGUUCCCAAUGUGGAAAAAGUUUUACUGACAAAUCAAAUCUUAUUCAACAUAACAGAACUCACACAGGGGGAAAGCCAUUUUCAUGUGCAGAAUGUGGGAAAUAUUUUAUUCAGAAAUCACAUCUUACUAAACAUCAAAGAACUCACACAGGGGAGAAGCCAUUUUCAUGUUCAGAAUGUGGGAAAUGUUUUGCUAAUAAAUCAGAUCUUAUUAAACAUCAAGGAACUCACAUGUGGAAAACGUUUUACUGACAAAUAGGGCUGAAACAGCUAAUCUAUUAAUCGGCAACUAAUCGAUUAUGAAAAUAGUUGUCAACUAUUUUUUCAUAAUCGAUUUAUCGGUUGGUCGAUUAGUUGGUCAGCCAAUUUGUAAUUUUCACAUACACUUAGCGAUUAUCACUAUGAAUAUAUGCAGCCUGUUUUGUGUAGAGGGGCCCAGCACACACAAUCUUCUGCUUCCUGCAGCUAUGGAGAGUCCCCGGUUGUCGGGCUCUGUGCUAAAGGCCAGACUCAUAAUAGUUGUAGAGAGAAGAUGCAGGAAGUGGAAGAUUAUCUGUGCUGCCCCCCCUCUUAUUAUGUGUGCCGGCCCCCUCUUAUUAUGUGUGCCGGCCCCCCUCUUAUUAUGUGUGCCGGCCCCUCUUAUUAUGUGUGCCGAUCCCCUCUUAUUAUGUGUGCCGGCCCCCUCUUAUUAUGUGUGCCGAUCCCCUCUUAUUAUGUGUGCCGGCCCCCUCUUAUUAUG